UCAAACAGCAGAGCGGUGACAUCCUGCCAACAAAGAGCGCUUCAUUGCUGUAGUUACUCGUCGAUAUCCAACUUGACCUGACCUGGUGUAAUCCACAAAGUCAUUUUUGCUUUGGUCGACAAGGUCUUGGCCGAUCACAUUCAUCUCACUUCGUCCUCUCGAGGGCUCAUCCGCUUGCGCUACAGCAGCCACAGCGCGCUGUCCAACCCGGGGCAUUAGAAGAAGUGAAUGAUGCGGUGAGAAAGCAUUGUGGGAGGACUCAGUAGAUGACAAGCUGUUCCCUGGGAGGCAGAAAGGCGAACAAAAUCGCACGGAGAAGCUCACGCACGACCCCACCUACGGAAUCCCGACUUGUUUAGCCUGUACCGGGAGCGAAGGAGCACAGUUGCGCAGUCUUUACGCACAACCAAAAAGCGGACCGUGAAGCGUCUGUCUGUCACCACCAUGUCAGCGGCAACAGCUUCAAUAGCAGAUGUGUCCAAGACUGAUUUAACAAACAAAGAUGACAGCCGUGACCGGAAUAAAUCAGGUCAGUCCCAGGCUCAGUGCACACCCAUGCCCCUGCCAGCCCUGGGCACCCAGAGGAUCAUACAGGGCAACGGUACCAAUGUGGGCACAGUCAUUUCCCUGCAGUGCCCAGCCAGACACAAACUGAUAGGAAGUGAGCUGAUGUGUGUCAUGGGCACCAACAGCACCCACUGGGUGGGGGAGACCUACUGUAAACCUAUGUCUUCCUAUGAGAACUACGGUUUCCGUGUCGCUGUGCUGGCAUCCAUUGUAAGCUCAGCCAUUAUCUUCUUGAUGUCCAUGGCAUUCAUCACCUGCUGUUUGGUCGACUGCAUCAAAGAGGACAAAAAGAAAAAGCAGGAGCGUGAGUCAGAUGUGUGGCAGUGGGAGGAGCAGGCCCAACAUCACCAGGACAACAGAUCUCACUAUAACCAUAUCGGCAGGAACAAUAACAACAACAACACCCAGGAGAAGGUGCUUUCACUGUGGGACACCGGCUACCCAGCCAUGUGUGACAACAUGCGAGCCUGCAGAUGUCAUCAGCAGUACGCAUAUGCUCCUGCCUGCACAUAUGGCCCCACUCCUGCGCUUUCUGCUCUCCCCGGCCGUGACUACAACCAGCCUCUCUUACCCCGAAACCCAGAAUCCUCACACAUCGCUGGUCCACCACCUCAGUACUUCGGACCUCCUCACUCCUCCUGUCGAAGUGCGAGCCCAGGCCUGGUCCAGAUCUCAGCAGUAGGGCCUGAUUUGGUGUGGCAGUAUGGAGAACAGCAGAGCAGUUUGUCAGAAGUAAACCCAUCAACCACAGAUGAGUCCAACAUGAGAAAUAUAAACCCUGCCAAAGAAUUUUCGAUACGGAUUAUAUCAGUGUGAGGACACCAUCAGUCAAGAACUUGUUCAAUGACCAAAUAUGACAUAUGACAUAACAGUGUCAGCUGUAUCGGACUAUGGGAAGUAAUAACUGAACAUUCCUGGUCAUGAUGAAAUGAUUAUGUCUGAAGUUCUAGACAAUAUGAGGGCUCUAUAUGCAUACUGAUCUGACAGACUUAUGUGCCUUUUGUUAACUUCAAUGGCACACUGCCCUCUGUCUGAAAAGGGGAGCCAUUGCACUUUCAAGACACCAGCCUUGUUGGAGACACUCCCUUGUAAUUAGAAGGUCAAGGCACUUCUAUGCCCUUAAUUGAGCUUUUCAGAAACCAAUUAAACUGUUAUGUUGUGACUUAACAAUUAAGGUGUUUACUGACAUAGUUCAUAACACAUUGUAGGCAGCUGAGGGUCUGCGAAGCUCAUCUCUGGGCAGGAGUGUCCAGUUUGUUGGAUGAGGAGAGCAGCCUGAAGCGAGUAUGUAAAUAUAAUUUUUAAAGAAUGUAAAUAAAUUAAACACUUCUACUGAUAACGAGUGAGAUUGUAUUGCAAUGGAAGGAGCUGAUGUACAGUUCCCUCUGAGGGACAAAUGCAAAUGCAGGCCAACAUGAUAAGGCAGCAAAAGCCUACAUUGAUUUUGACAGUAUGUGUAAUAAUGUAGCCUACACACAGGAAUGUCAAGUGAAAUGGUAAAGAAUGUAUUACUGGCAGGGGAAAAAAGCAACAAAUUAUUAUUAUUAACAUUGCCAGGUAUAAUUGACCCAGUGCAUCGUUAGUAUAAAUUGAUGUAGGGAAUGAAAUAAAGUGAUAAAUGACA